AUGUUCCCCCUUCUGACAGCAACCAGGUGCCACCUGCAACGUGGCAACCAGACGACGAACGACGACAUCGGUCAUCGUUCUCGUAUUUGUUCCGCCUCGAUAGUGUUCGCAAGUUCAGUUCAGUCCGGUUUUUUGCCCCCAAAACGCGCAACCGUGGACCGCAACCGGUCUAGGACCGACCCAGAUAUUGAGGGAACCGAACCGAACCACCUAGGACCGGUCUAUUUCGGUCUAUGGAGCCGGUUCAGACCGAUCCAGACCGGUUUUUUUGCGUAUAAUUUAUUAUACCAAUAUAAACCAUUUGUAUCUUGA